AUGGCUCCCGGUGCUAUCACAGAGCCUUCGGCGGAGGCAGAUCUUUUCAAGACCAAGAAUGCACCCAUUGCUUAUCGCAAUGAGAGCUGGAAGAAGCCCGUCGCUGACGACUACAUGUACCAUUUCAAGUACAAUUUUGAUUUGCCAACGCACGAAAACAAUGACUACAUCCUUGACUUCACGGAAGAAGAGGAGAGAAAUGUUCACAUGAUUGCAAAGCAAUACGUGAAAGACAUUUCUCAGGUAAUCCAAUCUAAGGAUUCGAAGGCCUUCGCAGACCUCUUUCUCGAUAUUGGUACCUGGAAGGAUAAGAUCGCCUUCACUUGGGAUUAUCGCUCAUUCAAUACGCCCCAGAAAAUAGGAGAGGCGGCUGGAGACCUUUUCGCGCGUACCCCGACCAAGAAUUAUCAACUUACUGACCCUUUGCCAGUCAUUCAGAGACCUUAUCAUGACAUUGCCUGGCUCCAAAUUGCCUACAGCUUUGAUACAGAUCUCGUUGGUGCAAGCGGGCUCCUGAAUCUGAUCAAGACCACCUCCGGAUACAAGAUCUGGACUCUUCAUACAGCCAUUGAAAGCCUCACUGGGCAUCCCGAGUUGCCUAACCGGGAUGGACACAUGGUUGGGGAUAAGUCAUGGCACCAGCAGCGCAUUGUGGACGACAACUUGGAGAACGUUGAGCCUGAAGUCGUCGUCAUUGGAGGGGGUCACUGCGGCCUUCACAUCGCCGCACGGCUUAAAGCCCUUGGUAUCACGGCACUCAUCGUUGAGCGUAAUCAGCGCAUCGGCGAUAACUGGCGCAACCGCUAUGAGUCUCUGUCGCUACACUUCCCUCACUGGGGCGACCACUUCCCAUACUUUCCCUUCCCUGAUCACUGGCCAACCUAUACGCCUGCUGCCAAGAUGGGGGAUUGGCUUGAGUGGUAUGCGAGCGCUAUGGAACUAACCGCUUGGACCGAUUCAAACGUACUUGCCGCUAAGCAAACGGCUUCAGGUGAAUGGGAGAUCAAAAUACAGCGUGGAAGCGGCGAAAGCAGGUCGACCCGGACAUUCCACCCGAAGCAGGUGAUUAUGGCAACCUCGCUUGCCGGCGUGCCUUAUAUUCCCGAUGUCCCUGGCAUGGAUAUGUUCAAGGGUACAGUCCGCCACUCUACUUCACACGAUUCAUCUCGUGAGUGGGUUGGGAAGAAGGUUCUCGUCGUGGGAACAUCCUCGUCUGGGUUUGACACCGCUUUUGAUUUUGCCCGUCGUGGUGUUGACGUAACCCUCCUCCAACGAUCACCGACAUAUCUUAUGUCAUUGGAUAAUUCUGUCCCCAGGAUGAUUGCACCGCUCUAUGAGCCCAAAAACCACAAACGGCCUGACAUUGAAACAGCUGACAGAGUGCACUUCAGUCUCCCCAUGGGACCUAGCGAAGAGCUUGCCCGUCGCGUAGCAAAGGAUAUCUGGGACGACGAUGCCGAGUUGCUCGCCAAGAUGGUAAAGGCCGGCUUCAAGAUCUGGCGAGGUCAGCGUGACACUGGUGUGGCUACACUUGGCCAUACCAAGAACGGUGGCUUCUAUUAUGAGGCAGGAGCUUGCCAGGCCAUAAUCGAUGGCAAGAUCAAGGUGGAGCAAGGAUACCCUGUCCGCUUCACCGAGGAGAGUGUUGUCCUGGAUGGAAAUCGAGAACAGAAAUUUGAUUUGGUUGUUCUGGCCACCGGAUUCUCCAACACCAUUGACUCUGUUCGGAAGAUCCUUGGAGACAACGUUGCUGACCGAUGUAAUCCUAUCUGGGGCGUCGAUGAAGAGGGGGAGGUCAACUCUGCCUGGCGCACGAGCGGUGUGGAUGGGCUGUGGAUUAUGGUGGGAACCUUCCACCAGGCACGUUAUCAUUCGAAGAAGCUGGCACUUAGAAUCAAGGCUAUCCUAGAGGGAAUUGCCCCUGAGCCGUAUCUCAAGUAG